CACCAGGAGUACACUUGCUGCACUCUUGUACAGUUGAUGCUUGCCUAUAUAUCUUGUAUUGGAAUCUGUUGAGAGUGCUAUACUAGACACCUAUGAACAAAUGUGAGUGAGCGUUUGAUUGGAUAUGGUGUCUUGAUGGGUUUACUUGGAGACACUUUAUGGAUGUGAUUUUUAACUAGACAGUAAUAGUUUGAAUGUCUGAUUGAUUAACAAUAAAAUUAAUGGCAUGAAACACAUUGAAUGUCUUUGAUUUUCUCAGAGUGCUUCUAAGGGAUAGUUUGUGACAUGUAGGAAUAUUGUGCCAUAUGAUGGACUUGAAAAUUCGACCAAGCAAUACCUCAGAUUAUAAGCAUGCAACUAACUAAACUGAUAGAUGGACAAUACAAGAGGUUUAGAAUAAUAGGCAAUAAUUUCAAGAAGUUUUAAAUAACUGAGCUUUUAAAUAUAAAGGAGGUAAUAUAGUAUGAAUUUGUGUGUGUAAAAUCUCAUAAUCACUGUGUAAUAUAUUUAAAAGGUGUGCCAAUUAAACUUGGAAUAAUGAUCAAAUAAAUGUUGAAUGAGUGUAAUAAUAAAACCUAACUAUAUAUUUCAUAAUGUAAAAUUAUUAGAAUUUUGUACUGUACACUCAGAAAUUUUCAACAUAUGUUUAUUGAAUUACAAUGUGAUAAUUUGUUCAGAAAAUUUACUCGGAAUAUCAAAUCAUCACUCACACAAAACAUGUGAAAUGUUUCUCUCAAGCUACAAUGCGAUAACAAUAAUUUUUUGAAAGAAAAAAAAAUCAAACGAAAGCGCAAUCAACAACCACCAAUCAUGCGAUCUCCAGGUCAAAAUCAAUCGCUCAAUGAGUCUGGGUUUAACUUGACCUGGUUGUGUGACAAUGGAACUUGCCCUAGGGAAGACCCACCCCCCUCCCCAGAGAUGAAAUGGGCGCUGCUGGGACUGCUGGUUGUAAUAUUCUGCACUGCGCUGGGCAACCUACUGGUGUGCCUGGCCGUGUGCUGCGACCGACGCCUCCAGAAUAUGACCAACUACUUCCUGAUGUCCCUGGCCAUUGCCGACUUCCUGGUCUCAAUCAUCGUCAUGCCCUUCGGCAUGGUUGUAGAGAUAUAUGGUUACUUUCCCCUGGGUGCUGAAUACUGCACGUUCUGGACCACCAUGGACGUACUCAUGUGUACAGCCUCCAUCUGGCACAUGUGCACCAUGAGCAUGGACCGUUACUUCACGCUGAAGUACCCCAUGCAGUACGGACGAAACAAGACCAGGUCCAUGGUUGCCGUCAAGAUCAUCUUUGUCUGGAUCAUCUCUAUAACCAUCAGCAGCCCUGUGUUUAUCUACAGCCUCGUGGAUUACUCUUAUGUUUUCAAGGAUCGUAACUGUGUCAUCGAUAUCAAGGAGUUUGUGAUAUAUGGUUCAAUAUUCGCAUUUUACGUGCCACUGUUAAUCAUGAUCGUGACGUACUCUUUAACCAUCCAAAUUCUCCGGCAGAAUCAGAACAUUAUGAAAACUAUAGAAAGGUCUAAUUUUCGUAUGAAAUCAAAGAGCAGCAAUAGAGAGAGCAGGAUAUGCAGCCAUGUGAGGACAUUCUUGUCGCCACCAUCCUCUGAAUCACGUAGAGAGAGUCACACUGAUAUCAGCUCACUGGCACGAUCACCAAACAUAGAGAAAACUCCCGACAUGUCUGAUAGUGACAUGAAAUUAUUGGAGCUUAAGAAUGUUAUUGAUUACUCCUAUGCGACCAACUUGUACACGAGUUUAAAAAAUGAUCGUGAUUUAAAAAGUUCAUCAUACAGAAUUGCAAAUGAGACUUCAAUGGCAAAUCAAACAACAGUUCUAACAUCUGAUGACAAUUCAGAUACCAAAUCCUACAAUGAAAAUCUACAUAGAGAGUAUCUGCAACAAAAUCCCUCGUUAAAUGUCCCAACAGCUGUUAAUAUUCAAAGCCCCUCAUCAGAUGAUGACGACGAGUCUUCAACACUGUUACCAACAAACCUUGACAAGCUCUCAAGAUCAUUAAGCCACUCUACAUCUAGCUCUAAAUUCCGCCUCCGGGCCAAUACGGAUGUUCACAACAAAUCAUACCUUAGCAUUCACUCAAGCCUGAAAAUUCCGAAAUCUUUCGAGAAAAACAAUUUGCAAUCGUCUGUGUCAUGUUCCAAUUUCACAAACGCAAGUGCUGAAAAAAACCUGUUUGCAUCUCUUAGAUUGAAUGGAAGUAGUUUAAAUCGUGAUUACAAAUCAGUAGAGUGGUGUCAUCACUUUUAUGAAAUACAGGAAGAAAUGGACCAGUUUUUAAAAGAAUCAAAACAAGAAAGAAAACAACUUAAUCUUGAAUCCUUGAAAUCCAGCCUCAUAUCAUCCUGCUUUAAAGACAUGUCUAAUAAAAACUCCACUGAAACCCAAGACAGUGGAAUCGCAUCGUGUUCAAAGAAAGACCAGAGUUGUUUGGACAACACUGACACAGGUGAGGUCUCUGAGUCGGGGGAUUUCCCAGAUGACACUGAUACAUCAUCUGAGAAUAUCUCAGAAAUAAUGCUAAAACUCCAACCCAAUUCAGUGUUUAUGUAUAAACUUGACAUACUUCAAGAAGACCAGACAAAAUCUUCAGACAUACCUUCAAACAAUGACAACACCCAAAACUGCAUUCAGAGGAGACCGCGUGACUGUUCACUAGACUCUGACGUAUCUAAUGAGCUUGCACAGAGAGUGGUGCGCAAACCUAGCAGUAUCAAAAGAUUCAUUUACAAGUGCAAGAAAAAGAACGGUCUAAAACACCUAGUCUCCUCAAAAUCUACAAGCAACGAGAAGAAAGCGUCAAAAGUCCUUGGGAUCAUCUUUGGAGUCUUUGUAGUCCUAUGGACACCCUUCUUCAUCGCCAAUAUUCUUUCAGCAACUUGCGGCAGCUGCAUGGUCUACCUGACCCCCGAACUCAUGUCAGCGUUUCUAUGGAUGGGCUACGUUGCGUCCUUAGCAAACCCAAUCAUCUAUACAAUGUUCAACACGGCGUUCAGGCGGGCGUUUAUCAAGAUCCUGUCGUGUCACCUGUGCACUCUGGGGAGGAACUCCUUCUCCCAGGGCAGCUUCCCCGCCAGCCAUCACGCCACUGUGUUCACAGACCGACGUCAGACACUCACUGUCAUGUACAAUGGGACGCAGCCCAAUGACUCUAUGAGUGGGGGGCGUUGAGAGGGUACGAUGAGAUUUAAGACAUGAAGCAUUUCCUUCUCAUAAGCAAAGUGAAAAUUGACAUAAUUAUGCCAUGCAACCAGAAUAAAACAAGAACAGCCUAUUUGUAUCUCGUAGUCUGUCAAGUUUUAUACUGUUUGCUGCUCAUCAGUAUCAGAGGGUUGGAAAUGAAGGCUGUAUAAUUUUAUUCAAGUAAGAAAUCCUUACAUUUAAUUUGAUUUUCUAAGAGACUUCAAAGUGCAUUGAAGUGCAUAAGGGGUUAAGUAAAUACUGGGUAAAUAACUGCUAUGAACUGUUAUUAAAAUAAGUAAGAUACUGACUUAAAGGAAAUUCUAGUGCUGGGCCAUUGACUUACUUGAAGUGGAAGUGGAAUAAACUUUUAAAUUUUAUUCUCAAUGCUGGUUGUUGAGAAAACAUUAUUGUAUAUUAUAAUAAUAAUUUUAUUUAUUUAUUUAUAUUGUGUCAGUCAUUAUAUAAUUGUUUCAUGUUUGUUUCAUAUUGUAUGAUUUCAUUAAAACCAUUGUUACAUCAUUCAAAUCAAUUUAUUAUUGUUCGCUUGCUAAUCUUUUAAUUGUUUGUUAAUAUUCCCUUUAUCAAAAUACAUGUAGUGCACCUGCGUAAUUAUCUCCACUUUUGAUAUUUAAGUAGCAAUACAACAUUGUAUCCACAAAAAACAAUUAAUAUUAGGCAGUUCAAUAGACUUAUUUGGAGGACUUAUUUAAUUUUGUUGACAUUAACGUCAUUGAAUAUUGAAAUCAGGCAAAUUGUGUUAGGACGUAAAUGUUCAUUGAUCUGAGAUUGACCAGACCCACUAAAA